UAUUCUUAGCACCGGUCUCAGCUCUCUGCUUCUCACCCUCUCUUAUCUGUCUCCUCGUCUCAUUGCUGUCCGUCGCUUUCUCUUUCUGUCUUUGUUGUUCUUUUUCGCUUCUGUUUUAUUUAUUUAUUCAUUUUUAAUUCCUGUAAAGCGAUUUUUUCUUAAUGUUCUGCAGUUUUUUCUUUUUCCGUCCGGUGGGCUUUUCCUCUCCGCCACACCCGGUCAUCUAGCUGUCCUGCUUCACCUCAUCACGUCCCUCCCUCCUUUUCCACUGAAGCGCUUGCUUCUCCAUCAUGGGAAAGACAGAACUGUGCUCUCUCUAUAAGGGUUUCCUGGACUGUAUUGGUCUGUGCCUCUCUCGAAGCAGCAGUGAGGCUGCAGCCGAUGACGGGAGGGACACGGAAAGCGGCCAUCUGAUCUACAAAAGUGGGGACGUCCUCGAAGACAGGUAUGAGAUAAUCAACACUCUUGGUGAGGGGACCUUCGGGAAGGUGGUGCAAUGCUCGGACCUCAGCAGAAGAGGAGGCCGAAUUGCUCUGAAGAUCAUUAGGAACUUGGAGAAGUACAGAGAAGCAGCCAAACUGGAAAUUAACGUUCUGGAGAAGAUUGGCACCAGCGAUCCAGACAACAGGCAUCACUGUGUGCAGAUGCUGGACUGGUUCGACUACUGCGGCCACGUGUGCAUCUGUUUUGAGCUGCUGUCGCUCAGCACCUUCGACUUCCUGAAAGCAAACAACUUCCUGCCUUAUCCCAUCAACCAGAUCCGCCACAUGGCCCGCCAGAUCUGCCACGCUGUCGGCUUUCUCCAUCACAGCAAGCUGACUCACACCGACCUGAAGCCUGAGAACAUCCUCUUCGUCAACUCGGACUACUCCCUCAUGUACAACGCUGAGAAGAAGUGCAGCGAGCGGAGAAUCAAUGACACCACGGUGCGGCUUGUCGACUUUGGCAGCGCCACCUUUGACCACGAGCACCACUCUGCCGUCAUCUCCACGCGUCACUACCGAGCUCCGGAGGUCGUACUGGAGUUGGGUUGGAGUCACCCAUGUGACGCGUGGAGCAUCGGAUGCAUCCUGUUUGAAUACUACCAAGGCUCCACUCUGUACCAGACUCACGACAACAAGGAGCACCUUGCUAUGAUGGAGAGGGUCCAGGGGCCGCUUCCUCAGAGAAUGAUCCAGCGGAGCAGAAAGCAGCCCCAGUACUUCCACCGCGGGCGCCUCGACUGGAACGAGUACUCCAAGGCCGGGCGCUACGUGAAGGCCAAGUGCAAACCGCUGCGGAAGUACCUGUCGUCCCACGCGGCCGAACACCAGCAGCUCUUUCACCUGUUGGAGAGACUGCUGGAGUACGAGCCCUCCACGCGCAUCUCUCUGUCCUCGGCGCUGGGUCACCCCUUCGUCGCGCCUCCUCAUCCUCCAGGACGGGGUCACGCCUGGAGGAACAGCUGUGAUGUGAACACGUGGGACCCCGAGUAGACACUUGGCGCCCCCCCCCCCCCCCCCCUCCCCCCACCCACCGUGCGGACGAUGCCAAUCUGUUUGCAAGUAUUUUUCUCUCUCAACUGCAACACGUGUGGAUUCUGCCUUACAUCGCAUCGGGAGAGAGUCAUCGAAAGAAGGGGUGGAUACGUGUUGAAUUAAUUAUAACGUGCGCAAUUUGUGAAGUUGAGGAGAGCCUUAACGAGCAGAGUCUUUGGUGUGUGGACCUUCUACUUCUACCCCCCCGAAGCGGUGGGGUUAUGGUGAAAGGGGAAGGCGAAAAAGGGGAGGAUUUGGACCGCUGUAAUCCGGAGGUGGAUUCCUAAUGAGCUCAGUGGAAGGACGUAUUGGACGCUGGCGGGGGGGGGGCGGAUGCGGUGAACGGGGUCGAGGUGGGCCGUUUCAAAUCAUACAGCGAGACAACAGCUGAUAGCAGCAGAGGGCUCAUCGAGUAGUUCACAGUCAGCUGAAAAAUAAAGCUGAAACUUAACAGAGCCGAGGAGAAGUGAUGAGUCAGUAGGAAAUAAUCUGCAGGUUCUUUUCUGAAAAAAAAAAAUUUAUAUACUGUAUAUAUAUAUAUAUAUAUAUAUAUAUAUAUAAAAUUAUAAAUAGGAUUUAUAUCUUUUAAUUCAUGUGUGAUAUGAAGAUCUUUUGGCAAACCCUUAAAAGUUGUAUUUUUUGUAAAAGGUACAUUAAGUGGUAUACUUAAAAAAGUAUACCGUGUUAGCUCUGGUUUCAGUCUCAAUCAUAUGAAAGAACACGAUUAGCAGUUACGCAUUAAAUGAAGAAAGUCUGUA